AUGAAGUUUGACCCUACAUGUCGUUGCUGUUGCAUACAAACUUCUUAUGAAAAUCCGAUUAGGAGUACAAGAGAUGAUUUUGAAGUUGAAGAUUACGAAGCCUUUCAAAACCUACUUCGUGUCUUCACCUCUUAUAAAAAAGAUUUAAGAAAAGCAACUGAAUCUUCAGGAAGUAUUAUAGUUGAACUACAUCAAUUUAUUCAUAAAAAUGGUUUUGAACACUUCAGCAGUUAA